ACUGUGGGCGCCUCACGCGCAAUCUGAAAAGCCCAGUCAGACCAGCCACGUCCCCCAGCGUGUUAGGAAAGCGACCGCUUGCCCGUGCAUAAUGUUGCAAAAUAUCCGUAGGCUCCUUCUUUUCCUGACGUGCAUGUCGUCGACAACCAAGAUGAAGUUCAUGAAAUUUUGUGUCCGGAUUCGACCGCGGAGCCGGAAGACAAAGCGGGCGGCAUUCUGGGUAACUACGGUGCUGUUGUGCAUACUGGUGAUGGCGUUCAACGACGCGACGUUACAGAUGAUGCAGGCACGUGUCAACAGGGGCAACAUCGUCGAUAAUGAAUACAUCGUCGACACUGUCAAUAACCGCUUUCCUAAAGCAGUUCAAAAGGUAGAAGAAGAGCCAGAAGCAACCGACCUUGACAUUCCACCUGAAUAUGACCCCAGCAAUGACCUUCUGCCUGACCUCGCUCCGUCAACGCUUCAUUACGUGUGGUGUGGUAGUCGCCAUUUUGAAUUCAAACAUUACCUUGCGCUGAAGAGCGCAGUGAGAGUAAUCAAACCCGAUAAAGUUUACUUUCACUACGAGGAACUUCCAACAACGGACUCAGAGGAAUACUACCGAUGGUUCAACCAGUCCAUAGCGGAAAUCGGACAUCUUUUAUUACACAAAAUCAACGAUACAUCAUGUCACAGAAAGGGAGCAGGUCGUUUUCUGCUGAUAAUGAAUCUGUUGCAUAAAUAUGGCGGUAUUUACACUCCUGAGGAGGCCAUCUUGGUCGACUUCCCCGUCCAUCUUCGAAGCUUGCCACUCGUCACGGGCGCAUACGCACGGACGCACUCUGAUUUCCUUGAAGGAUUAAUGGUUGGUAAGAGGCUUAGUUUCAACAAACCCAAAACCCCAGAGGAGCUACAAGUUGUUAUGGCCAAAGGGAGGGAGCAACAUGGCGGCCUGAAACCAUGCGCCUCUGAAAUGAAAUAUAACAGGGACAAGAAAGGGGAGAUAAUCUGCGUGACCGUAAGCCGGGAGCUGUUUCCUAAAGACAUCUGGAAGAGCCGGAACAAGUUCUCCACGUUGUCACGUGUCGUCAUGUAUGGCUCCCGUCAAAUCGAGCCGAACUAUGACCUUAAGUCGCCUAUACCAAGAAUUGCUCACUACAUAUGCCUCGAAGAUCCCUUCAUCAAAUUCACUGGGUAUUUAAGCAUGCUGAGUUCCAUCUACGUCGCCGGUUUCCAGAAAGUCUUCAUCCACGGACCCCUUCCUCCUCAAGGUGCUUGGUGGAGACGUUUGUCUUCCGACCACAGAUUUGUUUAUGUCUACAGAGAGUUCCCGGAAACAGAGUCAGGUGAACAGAUGUCCGUUUCCAUGGCGAUCAUCACGAUGCGCGUGGACAUCCUUCUGAAAUACGGUGGCGUGUACAACGACCACAACGUCCUGUGGACCCAACAGGUGCCCCACGAGCUCUUCGGUUAUAGCGCAGUUGCUUCCCCGGAUUGGCAUAUGCAUGGACGUUGGCCGGAGUCGGUAAACCACGGCACGCUAAUGGCGAAGAGAAACUCCGGAUAUCUGAAAAGUCUGCGACGUGUUUUUCAAAAAUUCUAUGGCAAAGACUCUUGGUUCCUGGAUCACUAUUUGUCAUACCAUGAACUGGAACUUAAUCCUGAACAGAUGCUGCUGAACCCCCAUCUUCAAGUGAAAUGCCUCAACCACAAUUGCCACCCAACCUGGCAGGGCGAUUAUAGGUCUCGAAUGAUUCAGAACAAACCAGGUCGUCAGUUCAGCUGGCAGAAUGAUACCAUGUCUCUACACUGGGUCGACAACUUCCCAGAACUUGAUGCCGACAUGGUAAAAUACACAAGCGGUAUUGUUGUUGACGUCGCUAGAGCCAUCCUAAAAAACGCCGGUAUUAACGUCAUGAGUGUGUAGGGGGAGAUAACUCUACUUACGAACUCUGAUUUAACAAAAUGAAAUCCAAUCGGCGACAUCUCGGGAUUUCGGGAAAUUGUCGAAUAGCGAUUGAUGACAUCCUCAACAACGCCAGUAUUAACGUCAUGAGUGUGUAGGGGGAGAUAACUCUACUUACGAACUCUGAUUCAACAAAAUGAAAUCCAAUCGGCGACAUCUCGGCAUUUCGGGAAAUUGUGGAAUGGCAGUUGAUGAGAAAUGGACAAACUGUUUGACCUAUUUCUUCUGGUGUGGAAGAAUGUGACCGCCAUGUUAUACGAGGGAGCUUUUACAUCUGAGAAACAUUUUUGCAUCCCGUGUGUUAAAACGAAUGGACGUUAGGCGGUAUAGCGUAACUGGUUUUACACUGUGUAUACUGUGAUUGGUGGACAUUCAAGUGCCCUGAUCAAGCAUUUCAACUAUGAUAUCAAGUGCAAAUAUUGAGAGUACAAGUGAAAUGACGUUAUUUUAUCCCAAGUGAGUGAAUGCAGUUAGCCCAUGGCCUCUGGUCAGGUCAUUCAUAAUAACGAAUUCCAUUUUAAUUUGCAUAUACUGUGAUUUUAACAAACAAAUGACAAACAAAUUGCAUGUAAACCGGAAAGAGAAGGUUCACUGAAGUCAUCCUAUUGAUCUGAUGACGUAACGUUGACAAUCUCUGACGUCACGAACAAUGAACCAAUGUGACUUCAUCUCAUCCCAAAUGACCAGUCAGCAUUAACAAUAUCCUUGUCUACUGUUCUUGGAAAUAAUUAUUUGUGAUGACGAAAUCCCUAACAUUUUGUACAUUAUUAGAGAUCACUUUAGCAGAUAUAUAUAAGGUUUAAAUGACUUAGCUGAUAUGGACUUGAAGUUACAUUUCGACAAGAAGUUAAAAUCUUUCAAUCGGUCUCUUAAUAUUACUUGAUACGAUAAUUUGUUAUCAAUAUUACUUUCAAUGAUAAUAAUUUUUGUAUUACUAUCAAUAAUAAUCAUUGAUAAACACUACUUUCAAUGAUAACUUUUGAUUGAUGUUACUGUUACUGUUAAUUAUUAAUUAACGUUACUCUCAAGGGUAUUUUUUUACUGAUAUUACUGUCAAUGAUAAUUAUUGAUUAACAUUAGUUUUAAGGAAAGUGUUUUGAUUGAUAUUACUGUCAAUGAUAAUUAUUGAUUAACAUUAGUUUUAAGGAAAGUGUUUUGAUUGAUAUUACUGUCAGUGAUAAUUACCGAUUCGUUUUACCAUUAAUGACACCUCUUCUUUCAUACCUCUGCCGUCUUUGUGAACGUCCUCGGCUUGUGUAUAUGCAUGGACGGUGGCAACAACCGAUGACAGUUCUCACUACGAGCAUAUCUUGGUGCUAUCAAUGAUUCAAUUGUACCUUCAAAGGGUUAUUAUUGUUCGCUGUACACGAGUUUAUAGCCUUGGUUUCUGUUAGAUAAGGGACCGUUCAUUUAUUCCGUAAGUUGGGUCGGGGGAAACGGGAGGGUCACCAAUACAAGACAAUCUCAAGGGGAAGGGUCUUUGAAAUUAAUCAACAUAUUUUUGGCCAUAACAAAAUGGUAAUCAUUUAAAAUAAUGAAAUCCAUUUGCAUUUUGUCUUUUUUGGGAUACGGUGAUAAAAAACAGGGACAUUGGGUAGUCCAUCAAAAUUAUUACAGGCAUUAGGUGAGGUCGCCAUGUUCAGUACAUUAGUGCAGCAAAAACUUCAGAAUCACUCGUCAUAAAUGACCGGUCCCUAAGCCCAUAAAGAGAACUAUUCAACUGUAUUUUUCUCAUAACUUUCGACACCAAAUAACCAGAGACAAUGUUUUCACAUUUUAAACAAAACGAUUGGUUAUUUUUUCGUACUUUGAGAAAUCGAGUUUUGAAAUUCCUCGUGGUGGGCAAUAUUCUGUGUUGUUUCUCAGUACAUAUUCCGGUCACGCAAAGUAAAAGGUGGCAACAAACUGUGAUUCAUGGAGCCUUGGACCAGAUCAAAGCGGGGUGACAGUUGUAACUAUAUACCUUUGUUGUUGGAAUGGAGGUGAACAUAUAGUCCUAUUGAGAGGAACAGAGUGGGACAUUGGAAACUAUAGGCAGUGUCACUGCCAGCUCGAUUCUAUUGUUUGGCUGGUGGAAAGGAGAUGCAUUGCAUUGUUCAUUGAAAGGAAAUGGCGAAUGUAUUACAUAGGCUUGUCGCUUUCACCGCGUCCUAUCCGGCAAUUCUCUUACAAUGGUUCCGUUGAAACUUUCUAAAGUUACGAAGAAACAAUAGUUCAAAGUCAUAAUUCAUUGGGUUCGUUGGGUUCAGGAUCCGAGUUUUCGAUGACUCAGUAAGGUGUUAUCGAACUAUAAAUGCAAAAGCUGAAUUUCCAAACUUACGGACAGCUACAACACUAUAACCCUAUGGGUCCAGAAUCCCUUUUCGACAGUUCAGUCAGGUGUGAAUUCUAUAGUUGAAGUUAACCGAACUGAACGCAUCAAUGUUUUUGUCAUUAAAAUUGUAUAUGUCAUGUUUGUAAAUAAGAUUAUUUCUAUGCAUAAAUAUCCAUGGAUGAAUGGGCGUCUUGUGUGAGAGAAUCGUGCAUUUUGUAAUGUGUUCUGUAAUAUAUACUUGCAUCGUUGUGCAUUUCCGUGUUAUACGCAAUUACCGUUACAUGUUAUAUGCUUUGGAUCAGAUUUCCUUUACAACGAUAUUUUACUUUUACAAUAAAAUGAAUUGACACCUAUUA